AAUGAAGAUGCCCUGGAGCAGUUCAACAAGGCUCUAGAGGUCGACCCGACCUCGGCCACUGCAUACACGAAUAAGGGUUUCCUGCACUUGCACGUGCAUCAGAACUUCGAUUCGGCUAAGGAACUCUUCAUGAAGGCUAUUAAAGUGGAUCCUUCAUGCAUAGAG